GAACCACUCAAUAAAUUAUUUCUACCUGACUGAUCACUAUCUCGUAUCUCGCCGAUGAAUCAGGAAUGUUGAUUAGUAAUUGAUUAGUAACGAUCAUAGUGACAGACGUCACGUACCGGAAACCCGGUGUUAAAAGCCCGAACGGGUAAUGGACCACCAACAAAGUCAACAAGUGUACAUGAAAUUAAAAAUAAAUUCCGAGGGUCGGUCAUGUAAAUGACAAUUUAAAUCCUUAAAAGAGAGCGUGGACAUUCACUAUUAAAGUCAGUCCUUGAUCGAGACAUACAUACAUAAACGUAAAGUUAUAAUCGGAUGUGACUUCGUGUGCAAGGUAUAUGUACAAAUACAAUGGAUACUAAUGGUUAUGAGAUGAGCACUUCUAUUGGUUCAGAAGAUGCAACAAGCUUAGCUUCAUAUUAUGACAAUGCAAACUCUGGGAGGACGUCCAGUAGUUUUGAAGAACAAAGUGAUGAAAGUGAAUCUGAACAUGAACUAGAUGAUCAUGAGGCUGAUAUUGAUAAGAUGUUAAUGGACCUUGAGGGUUUUCAAGUGGAACUGAUCCAACCUGAUGGUCAACAAGUUGAGGAAGAGCCACCAGAAAACAAUGAACCAUUGGAUGAAAUAUCGUUUUCAAUGAAUGCUAUUGAGGAAAGUGGAGAUGUAGAUUUAGAUGCACUAUUAGAAGAUCUCUGCAUUAUGGAGAAAGAUCUGCAAAUAGAUGUUAAGGUAUCUGAACCAGCUGAAGCAAGAUCCCCAUCACCAUCCAAGCUUGCCAAUAGCAGAUUGUCAUCUCCUGUCAAGGUCACAGCAGAUGUGAAGAUGCAGUUAGAAGCAUUAGGAGAGGAACUAGAAAGUCGAGAGGAACUAACUCUUGAAGAACAACAAGCGAAAUUUAAAGAAGAAAAGAUCCGUAUUGCGAUGGAAAAAUUACGAGAGGCCAGAAUCAAGAAGCUGGUAAUCAAAGUAUUUAACGAUGAAGAUCCGACAUCCAAGACAAUCAUUGUUGAUCAGUCUUGGACUUCGUGGAUGGUGUGUAAAAAAAUGAUCGUGAAAUACGACAGAGAAGCAAGUACUAAUUGGGUGUUGGAGGAAAGACAACCUGGAAACCAAUUACAUCGUGUUUUAGAAGAUCACGAAUGUGUAGUUGACGUUGUUUCGCAAUGGCCGCGGGAAACGGAUAAUCAGUUGGUAUUCACUAUGAGAAGAGAUAAAUAUGUUUUAUUUAAAAAUCCACAGAAUUAUUUGCUAUCGAGUGACACACAUGAAGGUUCAGCACGAUUAGCAGAACAGAGUAAAGAUACUCUAAUAAGCGAGUUCUUCAAACCCGAUGCAAUGCGUCUUCCCAACCUUGAUGGAAUAUUGUAUUUGAAAGAAGGAAGAAAAACCUGGAAGAAACAUUACUUUCUCUUGAGAGCUUCGGGGAUUUACUACACACCAAAAGGAAAAACAAAGAAUCAACGAAACUUGUCUUGUCUUGUAUCGUUUGAGAAUACAUACGUUUACACAACAACAGAAUUCAGAAAAAAUCAAAAAGCCCCCACGGACCAUUGCUUUGUUGUCAAGCCUUGUAUUUCCAAAGAUCUUGAAUCAAGACAAGUGAAGUGCCUGUGUGCAAGUGAUGCCAAAACGAUGCAACGAUGGGUUACCUGUAUACGGGUGGGAAAGUUUGGUUAUCAGAUGUUAGAAAAUAAGAACAAUGUUCAUCAAGAGGUGGAAGAUCUCACUGUUGGAACGAUAAAGAGACAACGGUCAUUAUCUUCAGGUUCCAGUUCAAGCUCAGAGCUCGGAUCUUUACAGGAGAAUGGAUCAAGAGGCCGAGCUCGCUCUGAUGUUACUGAUCACCCUCACAGAAAAGGCACUAUCCGCAAGAAGGAAGUUCCCAUUCAAGGUUCAACAACUCUGGCAAAAUUGUUCCAACAGGCUUGGAAGAAAGGUGCUGAAGCUGAAAAGGCACUAUCUCCUACCUCACCACCUACACCAUUCUCCCCAAGAACUGCCCAAACUCCUCAUUCUGGACCGAAAUCGUUCUUUGUUGGAAAUGAAAAGUUGCGGAACUUAGAUAACAUCCGAGAAGAAGGUGAUACUAAUCAUUCUAAUAAACCGCUUGUUCUUGAUCCUGCUCCACCCGCACGACGAUCCUUCAGUAACCAAGGAAAUAACUCUGUCCCCCGACCACCCUCGCCCCCGCUGCCGCCCUCGCUGCCGCCCUCGCUGCCGAAUGUUCUACGAAUCGAACCCGCCGAUACGAAUGAGGAAGAGAUACCAUCGCCGUCAAGAAAUGGUCUUGAACCGCCGCAAAAUCCUCCUCGUGGAUUAACGCCUCCCCCGCCACCACCUCCCUUACAACGACCGGAUAGUCCGUCAUUUAAUGAUGACUUUCCUCUUCCACCACCUCCCAUGUUACCAAGUCCGAAUGACGAAAUCUCCCCUGGUGACCCUAGGAAGGGAAAGCCUGAAAUUCAUUUUCCCCCUCCUCCUCCCAUUCAUGCAAACAAUUCUGGCCCUCCUCCACCCCCUCCUCCCCCGCCUCUUCCAGUAAAUUCUACAAAUUUUUAAAUUUUAUUAAAUAAUAGUUGGUGAAAAAUAAACAUGGUUGAAAAGUAUGCACAAGUUUUUAAUUCAUCGUUUUGCGAGAGGAGGUCACGACGAGGGAUGAAUACAUGCAUGACCUCGCGAAACGUAGCGCGUCUUUUGCUCCGUUUAGACGUCCGUAUGAGAAAUUGAACGGCGCAAGUUUGUGUUUUGAUCCAAACCCGAACCUUGAUAACUUGAUAGAUUUUAGCUGGUGGCGGGCAAAGUGCCCUCAACUGUGCUUAACACAUAUUCUUUGGCGCUAGUUUCAAUAUACAUAAAACGUUCACUUGUCUAUGUAUCGGCCGUCGAGAUGUUCUCACAAACAUUUUUCAAUCAGUCUUUUAAUAUGAAUGACUAUUGUCUAGUCCUUUUCUGUGGUCAUAACUGCAUGCCGUCAACCAUGUUUCAGCUGUUCAAAGAAAACCAUGUUUAUUUUCCAUCAACUAGGUUGAUGACUUCACACAAUCACAAAUAUUAAUUCGUAUUUAAAUAUAGGGACAAUAUUUUAUAAACAUCGUCUUGGAGAAAUAAUCUUUAAAGUAAUUAAUUUAUAUUAACAUUCAUUUCAAUGAUAGUAUGGAAUACUUAUAGGAUGUUAAUGAAAAGAAAUAUAUCUUAAGAUGACAACAUUACACGGGACUGCCUAUAUGCAGGUGACCAUGCAAUCGCGUUAAAUAUUCCAACGAAUGUAUCGUCAGAACGAAGCAGUGAUGCUUAUUACAUAAAAGCAGUGGCCAAAUGGAUGGAUUUUCAGUUCUCUAGCAACGCAGCUUUAUUAUUCGUGUCACACCUCUCACCAUUUAUUAAUCACUUGCAACGGACUAUAGAAAUAUGCAAAACAACAACAAGUUGUUGUUUUUUUCAAACAGUCGUUUGCUUCUCAUGCAUUUGAAACAAUAGUUAAUCAAUUGAUGUAUUGUUAAUGCGCUCGGCAUAUAAGAAGCACCACGUUUUAACAGGCCUUUUACUGUAAAGUGUCCGCAUCGAUGCAUAAAGUGCAUUGUCCGUUGGAAUGUUCUCACUCAGACUUUAUACUCUCGAAGAAGGAAUGAUCACUCGAAGAAGUUUAGGAAAAGUUGGAAGAAUCUUGCUCAGGUACAUGGUACCGGUCAUGAUUGGUUUAAGAAUGGCUUGGUUUUGGCUUUGCAACUAUUAAUUCAUGGUCGUGUUGAUUUGAAAUUGAAUAGCCAGAGGCAUUAGCAACUGGAAGCAUAUUCUUUCCGAUUUUCAUUACUAUAUCUUGUAUAUUUUGAUUG